AGCUUAUUGCGCUUUGUAACGCAAAGGCCCUUUUGAAUGCAACAGUAUUGCCCCCAUUACCUCCGGUGUUAGCCAGUGAGAACCUAUUAGCUACAGCUUGUAAAUUCCUGGCUGAGGUCAUUGUUGAUAUGAACGGAGAGGUUUGGAUCGUAUCCUGCAGUUUUUUUUUCUGAGCUCCACUCGCUUUUAAGGAGCGUCUGGUAUAUCCACGCUAAAAACCUUGCCGCUGGACGCAUCGGUGUGGAGAUAGGGCCCAGGAGCUACGCUACUUCCACCAUGACUGAACGCUUCGACUGUUACUACUGCCGUGACAACCUGCAUGGGAAGAAGUAUGUUAAGAAGGAUGAGAAGCACGUGUGUACAAAGUGCUUCGACAAGCUCUGCGCCAACACCUGCGCAGAAUGCCGUCGCCCCAUUGGGGCUGAUGCCAAGGAGCUGAACCAUAAGAACCGCCACUGGCACGAGGACUGCUUCCGCUGUGCCAAGUGCUAUAAGCCCCUGGCCAAUGAGCCCUUCAGCGCCAGGGACGACGGCAAGAUCAUGUGCGGCAAGUGUGGCUCCCGCGAGGAUGGCAACCGGUGCCAGGCCUGCUACAAGGUGGUCAUGCCAGGCACACAGAAUGUGGAGUAUAAGAAGAAGGUGUGGCAUGAGGAGUGCUUCACCUGCUUUGAGUGCAAGCAGCCAAUCCGCUCACAGAGCUUCCUGAACAAGGGCGAUGACAUCUACUGCGGCCCGUGCCAUGACAAGAAGUUCGCCAAGAAAUGCUUCCACUGCAAGCAGCCCAUCACUUCAGGUGGUAUAAGCUACCAGGAUCAGCCAUGGCACUCUGAGUGCUUUGUGUGUCGUACCUGUCGUAAGAACCUGGCCGGAACCCGCUUCACCUCCCACGAGGAGCACGUCUACUGUGUGGACUGCUACAAGACCUCUGUUGCCAAGCAGUGCAACGGCUGCAAGAACCCCAUCACAGGGUUUGGCCAUGGGACCAAUGUGGUGAACUACGAGGGUCACUCCUGGCACGAGUACUGCUUCAACUGCAAGAAAUGCUCCCUCUCCCUGGCCAACAAGCGCUUUGUCAUCAACGGAGAGAACAUCUACUGCCCUGACUGUGCUAAGAAGCUGUGAGCACAGCCAGCCAGGAGGCCCAAAAAGUUCUGUCUGUCAUUCAUGUUGAGGUGUUUUGGCAGGGUCAGGAACAUAAAUUAGUGCCAACUAAAGUUGAGAGGUCAAUCCAAGGGUUAAAACUAGAGAGGUCAAUUACCUGAGUGAAUUUGAACAGCAGCCAAAUAGGAAUCUUGUUCCAGUGUUUUGUCAUUGUUGAAUACUAACGCACGUCAACUGGUUUGCUUUUGUGGGCCUUCGAUAUGCAAUACUAACAAGCUUGAACACUGCAUAGCCAUAUUAGGGAAUGCUAUUUUCACUGCCUUACUGGAACACGGCUUUGAUAAUACUAAUAUGGCAAUUACAUGUUACAACGCUUCACAUUGCUUCUUGAAUUAUAUACUAGCUUCACUAAAUAAAUCGGUCACGGCACCUCUGAAGUGAUGUUUGCAGAGCUACGUAUGAGGGUUUCACAUAUAACGAACGCUUCUUGUAAUAAUCAGUAUGGACAAACUAGGUCUUCUGUAGGUAUCAAGUGGUGUUAUGAGAUGGUAAUCUAAUCAUGUACUCAUACUGUAACUUUGACGUGGAGGGAAAGUUCGGGAUGUGAAUGCACAUUAUGAUGGGUCAAUAAAGGCAAGCGAUAA